CGAGGGGCCGGGCCUGCCUGCUUACCAGGCCAGGAGGGGGAGGGCAAACGGGAGGAAGAAGGAAGCCGCCAUCUUGGAGCGUCGAAUCGCCAUAACAAGGCACCAAGCGGGCGAGUGCGAGGACUUUUAUACCCGGGGGAGCGCAGCCGGCGGCGGCGACUGAAGUGAGUGAAUUCACAUAUAAUUCAACUUUGUUAGAGGGCUUUUUUUAAAAAAAAAAAAAAAAAGUUGUUCCACGGUGCAUCAGAGCAAGUUACUACUUUACUGUUGAGUGACUUACAGGUGCUUGCCUGCAUUGCAAUAAAGGACUCAUAUAUUGAGCAAGACUUAUUUAUCUCUUCAUUUUGGAGAGUCUAAUAAACUGUUAUUACAGUUUCUGUACUGACUUUCAAAGUUUUGAAGUCUAAAAAGACAUCUUUACAAAUAAAAACAUGAGCACGGCCAGAACAGAGAACCCUGUUAUAAUGGGUCUAUCCAGUCAGAAUGGGCAGCUGAGAGGCCCUGUAAAACCAAGUGGGGGCCCAGGAGGUGGGGGGACACAGACUCAGCAACAGAUGAAUCAGCUGAAAAACACCAACACAAUCAAUAAUGGCACUCAACAGCAAGCACAGAGUAUGACCACCGCUAUUAAACCUGGUGAUGACUGGAAGAAGACUUUAAAACUCCCUCCAAAAGAUCUGAGAAUCAAAACUUCGGAUGUGACCUCCACAAAAGGAAAUGAGUUUGAAGAUUACUGUCUGAAACGGGAGUUGCUGAUGGGAAUUUUUGAAAUGGGCUGGGAAAAGCCAUCUCCUAUUCAGGAGGAGAGUAUUCCCAUUGCUUUAUCUGGUAGGGAUAUUUUGGCUAGAGCUAAAAAUGGAACGGGCAAGAGCGGAGCCUACCUCAUUCCAUUACUUGAACGGCUAGACUUAAAGAAGGACAAUAUACAAGCAAUGGUGAUUGUUCCCACUCGAGAACUAGCAUUGCAGGUCAGUCAGAUCUGUAUCCAGGUUAGCAAACACAUGGGAGGUGCCAAAGUGAUGGCAACAACAGGAGGAACCAAUCUGCGUGAUGACAUAAUGAGGCUUGAUGAUACAGUGCAUGUGGUGAUAGCUACCCCUGGAAGAAUUUUGGAUCUCAUCAAGAAAGGAGUAGCAAAAGUUGAACAUGUCCAGAUGAUAGUAUUGGAUGAGGCAGAUAAAUUGCUGUCUCAGGAUUUUGUUCAAAUAAUGGAGGACAUUAUUCUUACGCUACCUAAAAACAGGCAGAUUUUGCUCUACUCAGCCACUUUCCCACUUAGUGUACAGAAGUUCAUGAAUUCCCAUUUGCAGAAACCCUAUGAGAUUAACCUGAUGGAGGAAUUGACCUUGAAGGGAGUUACCCAGUACUAUGCCUAUGUAACUGAGCGGCAGAAAGUACACUGCCUGAAUACGCUAUUCUCCAGGCUCCAGAUUAACCAGUCAAUCAUUUUCUGCAACUCCUCACAACGGGUUGAACUGCUAGCCAAGAAGAUCUCCCAGCUGGGCUAUUCCUGCUUCUAUAUCCAUGCUAAAAUGAGGCAGGAACACCGUAAUCGUGUGUUCCACGAUUUCCGAAAUGGCUUAUGCCGGAAUCUUGUUUGCACUGAUCUGUUUACCCGAGGUAUUGAUAUCCAAGCUGUGAAUGUGGUGAUAAACUUUGAUUUUCCAAAGCUGGCAGAGACGUAUCUCCAUCGUAUUGGCAGAUCAGGUCGCUUUGGUCACCUGGGCCUGGCCAUCAACUUGAUCACCUAUGAUGAUCGAUUCAACCUGAAAAGUAUUGAGGAGCAGUUGGGAACUGAAAUUAAACCCAUCCCAAGCAACAUUGACAAGAGCCUGUAUGUGGCAGAAUACCACACUGAACCUGUAGAUGAUGAGAAACCUUAACCAUGUUUUUAAAACAAUUUUAGAGAAAACUAACUGCAGGAUCUUUGGUUUUUAGGCUUUGAUUACAAACACCAGAAGCUGAAGCCCCUUGAUCCAGAUCUGUGACACAUCGUUUCCUUGGGGAUAUCCUUCUCUUUUUGGGUUUUUCGUCUUCUUUUCAUUUUGGAACUAUGAAGACUAAAGAGCUCAGACAUAUUUUCUUUUCUUUUUAAAUUUGGCAACAAGGAAGAAAGAAGAUAAAAGAAGGAAUACUUUUUUGUUUUUUCACUUGUUUGCACUGUGUGCUGAUUGAACAUUAGUUGCACUAAACUGCUGGUUUUAAAAAAUUUUCUUUUGGGGGGGGGGCGCAGGGGCAGCGGCAGCAAGGGAAGAAGAGAAACCCUGAAAAGAGAAGAAACUUGAUGAACAGAAGUUUGUCUGCAAUUUCAAAUUCUCCAACAGCUCACUGAGUGCAUUUCAACUUCUCCCUGGUUACUCAUCCGUUUUUAAGCUAAACAGCUUGUUACUUAUUCGUGCAAAGUGCCUUAUGCUAUGAGACCAUUCAGAAUAUCACCUUUCAGAUACAGCCCGUGGAAUCAACAGCUUUUUUUCUUUCCAGGUCAAAAGUUCCCAACCCGUCUCUUGCCCUCCCCCCACAAUAUUCAAGCCCAGGGCUGCGAGAUGAAACUAUCAGUAAUGUAAUGUAACACUUUUUUUGUUUAACUUUUUGUUAAAUUGGAGGAGUUGAUAUGCAACUGCAGUUCACCCACACUGUAAAUACAUGUAUUUAAAACAAAAACCGCUAAAAAUCUGGGCUGAUAAGGUGCAACAUCAUAGCUCUAGAAGGAAAGAGCAGCCUAUCAUCUUUUGCGGGAGCCAUAUGAAAAGCUCGUAUGCUCUAGCAGAACACUAAAGACUGGUUUCCAUAAGUCUCCAUUAGUAGUUAUAGCACUUGAUAUGUAGACUUAUUUCAGAACCAUGGCCCUCUUUCCUCUGGCACAGUGUCCCAUUGAAAAUUGGAUGUGUAUACUUGUAUAAACUUGUAAAUACGUUUUUUCUGUUUUGGGUUCAUAUAUAACUUUUUUUUUUAAAUGAAAGUUGCUGGGGCUAAAGGGAUUAGACUGAUUAUGGGAGCAGCUAAAGGUGAGAGGGGCUCAGUUUUCUGCAACACUAAACAUCUGAAAAGUGCUCUGACCACUAUGAAGAGCAGGCCUAGACAAGUGUCCCUUGUCAGGGUGGGUUUGCUCUGGUGCUUGCAAUAUUGUCUUGUGCCGCUCUUUUUGGAAAAGAUUACUUGUUGGGUUGGAAAAGCCUCAAACUCCAUAGCUUAACUUGUUUGAGGUACUCUUUGAUUUCCCUCUUAAAAUUCCAGGAACUUUACAAGCUCUGAUGAGGGCAAAGACCUGUGUUCCACCUUGGCAUGAGGGAAAUCCAGUAGCUAUUAGUGUAGCUGAGCAGAACAUAGGUGUGAAUUUGGGUUUAAAAGAAACAAUACAAAACCAACUUACAUGCAUAAACUGACAGUUCUGGAGCUCUCUUGGGUGUUUCACCUCCUGCAGCAUUGUGCAUACUCUGCCCAGAACAACCUUUAUAUAGAUUUGAGCAGGAAAAAGCAAAUCCUUUAACUUGUUAACUUUGAAGGCACAGAAAGCUGCUUGCCAUCUUCUGUUUUUUGGCAUGAACUGCUGUCUGUCAUUCUGCGUUGUAUAUUACUGGAGAAUGCUUUAUGGUCAAGUAGUGUUGCUUUAAAUUGUGCCCCUCCCAACAUGCUUGAUGUUUGGCCUGAUCUACAGGCAAAAGGAGUGAGACAAAUCAAAACCAGUAAACUUUUUUUUUAAAUUUCCUUUUAGCCUGUUCAACUACAGUUUGUCAGGAGGCACCUGGAUGAAAGCAAUCCCUUUUGGUCAGUUGUACUUUGCAUAUACCGAUGCUGUACUCACACCGUGCUUGUUUACCUGAAUAUGGACAUGGGAAUUAAUAAUUUCUCCCCAUUUUGACUAUAAAAAGUGAAAUUGCUUUUUGUUGGGGUUUUUGGGGGGGGAGGGCAGGGGAGGGCAGAUUUAUCCAUCCAACUCCUUGAGGAUCAGAAAUAGAGCCAGGUGCCUCCUGGUGACAACUUUCAAGGUGAAAAGUGUGGGGUUGUGUUUUUUUUUUUUUCCCCUAAUCUACAGUGACUCUGUAAUAACUGUAGCAAAAGCUGCACUAAAGUACAAACUCAAGAGCUUGGUCACAGGCACUCUGUGAGCCACUUAUUAAGUUGGCAGGUACCAAAUGUAAACAAGUAGUUUUGGGGUGCUUUUUGGCGGAGGGAGGGAGUUUGUGGGUGGUAAAUUUUGACCAAAAGUAAAAUCUUGCUCUUGUACUGCAGCCAGUGUAUGAUUUUUUUUUUCAGUAAGACAGAAGAGGGAUCAUUUUAGUGCAACAAAUUUAAAAAGAAAAGUGUAAAUAAAAAUUAUCUUAUGACAGAGCAUGCACAUGCAACGAGAAAAGGAUAGCCGUGCUGAGAGUCAAAAGUGCGUGCUCUGCCUGGAUUUGUGGUAGGUUAGCCUGAUGCCAUGUUCUGAUGGUCCCUCUUGAAGCACAGAAUUUUUAAAUUGAAAGUAUUAAAGUCUGCCUCUGAGGAUUGGCACUUACCUAGACUAUCAGGGGCACCAUUUUUAGGUGGCUUUCUCUAGAAGAAGGAAGCAGUCUGAUUCUGGUGCUAAUAGGCUAUCUCUAAAAUGUAUAUGAACUUGCAAAAGGAAAGAUGCUCCAAAUGACUAGGCAAAUCCUAGUCUUUAUUUCUCCCUCAUGAAGGAGUGUGUAAAACUUGACCGUCAGGUUUCUUCUGGCUUCUUAUUUUUACAGACUACUUGCCAACAUUUCCAUGUAUUCAUUAUUUCAGAGCAAAUACCUGCUUUUAAUAAUCCCCAGGUCAAACAUUUGUUCUGUGAUCAAGUUCUUAAUGGGAUAUUGAGAAUUUUACAUGCUUUUCCAUAUUUUUUCCCCCAAGAAGGCAAAAAAAUACAUUGUUAACCUAUAAAUCUGAUAUUAGAUCCUGUAUCUUAAAUCCCACAAGUGGAAGGAGGUGGUAGUGAAAUGGGGGCACAAGUCUGUAGCCAGUUGAAUUGUGACUAAAAAUCUAGACUGGCUUUUCAGAGUGUAUUGUACAAAUGCACUGCUGUAGCUGGAGUGUUUCGCCAAGGGGAGGGGGGGUGGGUUGGUCUUAAAUAUUUUCAUUUCCAGAAUGAGAUGGGAGCAUCUUUCCUUUGCCUUCUGCUUUGUGUCUUUAUAUGGAGCAGGGUGAGAACAUGAAAGCUUGACACAAAGACCUUACAUAUGUUGGCAUCAAAUCAUCUCAUUCUGACUAACUUUGUUCUUUAUUUUAGUGGUGGGGAGGGUGUCUGCACCAAGGAUUUAGAAAUGUUUCAGAUGGUUGUAUUCCAUCAGUGACUGACAUAAUGCUGCCAUGAAGAGACCAUCAUUCAGCCUUUGUGUUUAAAGCGCUGUUCUAGUUAGUUUUUUACAAACAUAUGAACUUCUGUCUCUUAAUGCUAGGAGUCUGAUUCUGUUGGUGUACUAUCCAUUGCCAGCAAUGGACUUGAUAAUGCUGCCGGUGCCAAGGAGCUUAUUGGUUCAUGGGAACAGAGUGAACUCUGGUCUCAGGGACUAGAAUAGUGUUGCUGCCACGGCAAAAGUUUGGUAAAAUUAGUUCAAGCCAAGAACAUUUGGAUGCCAUGACCCUUUUAGUCCAAUUUUAAACCAAGACUUCUCUUUACAACAAAUACGUGGUGGCUGGAGUGAAAAGUAUGUCAGACCAAUGAAAAAUCGGUACAUGAGGAGGGUAGUAUGCCUUAUAGCUUUGCUCCCUUCACUGUUCUGCAGCUUAAAGUGUUCCCCUAUUUGAAGCAUUGUUAAAUUCUUGUGUAGACAGAAAUGGGGAUGGGAGUGGGGAGGGAUAGGGUAUACUAAGAUACAGGCUUGCUGUAUUUUAACCAUUAAUUGUGGGGAAGGGGUGUCUGGAGAAAAAUAGUCACUGUUCCCUUUAUUGAAACAAACUGGAACUUAUUUAAAAGAAAAGUUUUUUGUUUGCAAUUCAAAUAAGUUUAUGAUCCAUUGGUCCCCUGUUAAAAGGGCUGUGUUCCACUGAUAAGUGAACAGGGCGGACUAGAACUUGGAACAUUCAAGGGAGGGAGGGGAAAAAUUGGCUUUUUGUUUAAUUGGCAAACUGUCCAGUGGAGCUGAGUUUUCCUUGGGAAUGUGUAUAUCUGUAUGUACAUGCGUGUGAUGGAAGGCUGUGACUAUGUGAAAAUCUUCACUGAGUUCAGAGUACGAAAAGAUGAAUGAUAAAAUCCUGAUUUUGUUGAUUAAGCUCAAUAAAUGCUCACUGGAACUCCA